UAAAGAGGGCGGGGAAUGUCGGAAUACAGGUGGAAAAAAAAACAACCUCGUCCUGCUCCCCUGAUGCAAAAAAACUGGGCGGGGUUUGUUUUCAAACCGAGCAGUGAGAUACCAAUGAAAAUGGCGGCCACAGGGUGCGCCAAAUCCGCUGGAGGACUGGAGCAGAGGAGCCAGCCCGGGCUGCACUUACCUGCCCGGUCCCUGACUCUGGAGGAGGCGCGGUGUCCGGUCUGCCAGGAGAUCCUGCUGGAGCCCGUCACCAUGCCGUGCGGCCACUCCGUCUGCCUGCACUGCUUCAGGCGGACGGUGCAGUUGAGCACUCUGUGCUGCCCUUUAUGCCGGCUGAGAGUGUCCAGCUGGGCCCGUAAACAGUCCCGGGAGAAGAGCCUGGUCAACACCGAGCUGUGGGAGAAGGUCCGCCAGAGUUACCCAGAGAGAUGCAGGCGGAGAAUAGAGCAGAGAGACGGAGCGACGGCGGGGGAAGAUGUUUUUCGUUCACCUACACAAAUAUAUAAGGCUGGAGAAGUGCGGCAGGAGUAUGAAAAACAAAAAAUUAAGGUGGCUGUGGAAGAGGAAACUGAGGAGAGAAAGAAAAAAAUGCCUCAUCACAGAAAAGAAGAAUGUGGACUGCUAUACUGUCAUGAUUCUUCAUUUGGAGUUCUGUCAGACUCUGAGAAUAAAGAGCCUAUAGGGAUGAGGACCAGGCAUGUAUCUGCAUUUGUGCGGAAAACAAGGCUUUCUCCGGCAUCCAACAGAAGUUUUCAGAACAGUGUCGUUCAGAGAAGUAGAAGUUGUACUGACUCUGAGGAAGGCAGAGGAAAAAACAGAGCACAAUCCCACAUUUCUGUACCAGAGAAGGCUGGUGUAACUCACAGUUUCAACGCUGGAAUCCUCCUGUCCUCUGAGAACAGUCGUUCCUUCUCGGCCCCUGUUCUCCCACUUGAUAAGAGGCAUCACUGGCGUGCCAUAUUGGCCUCUCCUCCUACCUCGCUAGUGCCUCACAGUAAACCAGAGAGAUCCAUUAGCCCUGAGAGCAAUGACAGCAUCUCUGAGGAGCUGAACCACUUCAAGCCCAUCGUCUGCUCCCCGUGCACCCCACCAAAGAGGUUGCCAGACGGGCGGCUAAUGGAGCCCACUAUAGUCAAGUCCACUCCAAGGAACCUGACCCAAAGCCUCCAGAAAACCACCAGCUAUGAGGCCAGCCCUACCAUCCUUCAGAAGUGGAAGCAGAUUGAGGUUGAUCGCCAGUGCAUCCGGGUGACAUCCAAAGGUACCAUCACCAGCCCAGUGGCAGAUGAUCUAACAGUCAAGCAAAGUUCAGGAGAAGAGACUGAGGGCAAAUCCUGCAACUGUGUUCCAGUUGAAAAGGACAGGCAAGGUCAGCAACUUGCCUGCAAUCAAAAUACCGUUGUUCAUGGAAAGAAGAAAGAGAAGUUGAGUAAUAAGAGACGAUUGAUUUUUGAUCAGUGUAGCAGAGAAGGAGAGACACAAUCAGUGACAGCAAAUGCAGUGCCUGCAUUGAUAACACUAGAUAGUUCUGACGUUCACAAGUCACACAAUGCUUGUAAAGCACAGGGUGAAGUCUUUAAAUCACCUGUAAGUGGAAAACAUGCUGGAGUAAGUCAUUGUAAUCAGGGUACUGAGGACCUUCAGGACUUGAAUGAGACUGAGCCCACAGUCAAGAGUUGUGUACCCAACAGACCUACCUCAAGAAGGGGCAAGAAGAGGAGCCAGAAAACCAAACAUUUAGAACUGACUGGGAAAAUAAAAAUAUCCAGGACAGAAAGCUGUGAUCCUUGUGAACCUCAGCAAGGAGACAGACAUUUCUACACGGUUGCACAGAUGCAUCAGGAGCGAAAAGACAGAGAACUGGCGCUAAAGCUGCAAAGACAAUAUGACAAAGAAUGCCAGAUGAUCGAAAGACAUAAGACGAGUUCUGAUAAGUACUCUCUGCGCUCCUGGGCCUCCACGGGCAGUAGAGCAGUGCGAAAUCCACGCAGAUCAGGAAGAAUUUCUGGAAGACUCAAACACUUUCAGUUGUGAGUCUCAAAUCAAGAACAAAAGCAAAUUGAGCAAGACUUAUGCUGUUUGUGGGGCAGAUAAUGUUGACACAUCUUAGAAUGGUUUUAGUCUGGGGACAACUAUAGCAGUUAUUUUGUUAUUUUACCUCACAAAAAAUUGCAUGUUAAAAAAAAAUAAUUCCCACAUAGUUGUGCUAAAAAUGGCUCUGUUGUAUGAUACAGUUACAGCAGAUAUAUUUUCCCUUGAACAUGCACUGACAUGCCUAAAGUCAUGAGAUUAAAUUGGGAUAAAUUGAUUAUGAAGUGUUACCUCAGAAUACGGCUUAAGAAUACCCACACUUUAUGCAAGUUACAGACAAGUUGUGAGGUGUUACCUUGUGAGUGGGGAUAAACUGUGGCCAGCACGCUUAUCUGAGUAAGGCCUGGUGGUGCUUGCAUGAUGGAUGGGAUGUUUUUUAUUUCCAAAACUGUGCAGACAUUUAAUAUUCCUCGAUCCACAGUAUCGAGUGUGCUAUAAAUAGACAUCGUAGACAGCACACAGUGGAAGCAGAAGCGGCAGCAUCUAAUCUAAAUCGUCUGUGUAAACAGACAAGUGAGUCUGGCCGAAAUCACAUCCACAUUCAAUGCAGAAGAUCCCUCAAGUAUAUCUUUCAGAUCAGUGCAGUGCUUCUUAGAUUCCAUGGGCCGUGGCAAAAGUCAUGGGACAUUACUGAUUCCUGUCCCAUGACAUGUGGCAUGUCAGUGUCAUUGAAUUUUGCUUUUCUAUGCUCAGUUUGCUGAAAGAGUUAAGACUUCCUGUCUAAAAUGACCCCCAACCACAUCAAUCAAGGGACUGUUAUUUUGAAUUAUUAAGCUCUUUGAAAAAAAAUAUGUGAAAUAGCCUAUCUUUAUGCAAUCUUUAUGUAACAAGUUACUGCUAUAAAUCUAAUUUUAUUUUGUUAAAAUCCAGAAAAGCACUAAUAUGGAAAUGCUGUAAAUCCAUUGUAAUUUUAAUAGCAAUUAGCUCUAUUUCUUUUUGUAUUAAAACAUACUUCUUAUGUGCUCAGUAUGUAUGAUGUCAAUGAGAGCAACUUGAAUUUCUGGCCAACAGACAUAUGCAGUGCUUUCACUCUAAUUGGGAUGGCACUAUAAAAGCUUUAUAUACAGUACAUUACCCAACUCAGUAGCUCAGUUAAAACAUGUUCUGUUGCUUUGAGAUUUUUUUUUUUUUUUUUUUUUUUUUUUUUUUUUUUAAAUAUAAUUUUUUUUGGAAAUUAAUCAACUUGUGGACUUGACCCCAUGUUGUGCAUUAGGUUUGCACAUGUGUGAGAUGCUUCUCUGUUAUUUUUCUUUUUUUAUUUCCCUUGUGUUUUAAGUAUUCUUCACUACAGAUGACUAUUUAGGAAAGAGUGCAUAUCAUAAAAGGGUUUUGGUGUACUCAGCAAGCCUUUAUCCUUGAAUUUUACUGCUAAAUGAAACACUUGCACUAUAAAUGAACAGGCGUAUAUACUUUGCAUACAAUAUGCUCUUAAAAAAAAGUUACUUCACAGGGUUUUUUAAGCAAUGUCCCACACAAACCACUUUUGGUAUCAUAAAGAACGCUCCAAAAAGAUCUUUGUAAAUGUAAAGAAUCUUCAAGUGAUUUACCAAAAUUGUUUUUUUAUGGAACCAAAAGUGUUUUUUCUGUGAUUAAAUUAAUCUUACAAUGUUUUUAGUCUGGGGCAACUAGCGGUUAUUUUGUUUUUAUCUGACAAAUAAUUGCAUACAUAAUUAUACUAAAAUUUGUUCUGUAUGAUACAGAUAUAGCAAAAACAUAUGCUCUCAACAUGCACUGACAUUCAGAAAGUCAAGAGAUAGCAGAAUAUAACUUCAGCAUUAACUGUUGCUUCUAUAUGAAACCAAAGUUAGUUCUUCUAUGAGAUUGAUCAAAGGACCCAUUGAAGUACCUUUAUUUUGAAGAGUGUCCAUCACUGUAGACUGUUCUGACAGGAGACAUGUACUAAUAAUGUCUAAUAAAUGUGCCAAAAUUGGUGAUCUUGCCAGUGAUUUAGACCAUCCAACCACGUUUAUGCCUUUUCUGCCUCACCCACCAUCAUUUCAGAACAAUUUAUUUGUAAGCUUUGUCUACACAAACUGUGCAUCUCAGAUCUCCAGUAGGUACUGUGUAAUAAGUUCAGAACAAUACUGUUAAAGACACAGAAUUCGCGGGAUGUGAAGGAUCAGCUGGGCAUGGUCUGGCUUUGAAUGUGUGAAGUAUUUGAUAUGUUUGGCAUUGUGUGUUAGAUUACAUUCAGAGAAUGUGUCAGAUUUGUGUAUGCUUUGAAAAUCAUGUAAAUAAUGGGACCAAAUGCACCCAUUGUUGUAUUAUUUUUAAACAAUAUUUUAAUAAUAGGGCAGUUUAAGCCACAGGAUUGUUCAGCUCAACACUGUAAACCUGCAGUGUUUUAUUUCUAAAUUACAAGCCAAAAUGAAAUGUAGCAUAUCAGUACAGAAUUUAUUUUUCCUCUCUUUUGUUUGUUUUGUAGAAUUUAAUUUUAAUGUGUUAAAAAAGAUCAUAACUGCAUUAUUUUACUAGUAGUAAAAGUAAAUUCAGCCUCUGAUCAAACUGAUGCAUUACUGUUGUUAAGAUUUUUGAGAAUCUGAAAAAUGUGGCUGUUUUGACAAACUGUAGUUCAGUAUUGUUCAUUAGUUAUACAGCUCAGCUGAAGUUUAAUUUCUUUUCACAAUGUAUUUUCACACAAUGAUUAGUAUCCACAAUUGGUUUCAAUUAAACUGAUGCAAAUGGAUUCUUGAGGUAAACCAAGAGACUCUUUCUGACAAUUUUAUUCAUCUAAUAUGAAUAAAUAAUAGAUAAAUAUUAAAUAAAAAAUUGUUUACUUA